UCUGUAGCCUGGUGAGACCCUCUGUGAUGGCAGCUGCAGUUGCCACCAAGACAGCUUGGAAGCUGCAAGAAAUCACAGCUCACAGCAGCAAUGUUUCUGCUUUGGUGCUGGGCAAAAAUUCGGGCCGGCUGCUGGCAACUGGUGGAGAUGACUGUCGGGUUAACAUCUGGUCAGUUAACAAGCCCAACUGUAUUAUGAGUUUGACUGGUCACACAACACCAGUGGAGAGCGUGAAGAUCAAUACCAAUGAAGAGAUGAUUGUUGCCGGGUCUCAGUCGGGUUCCAUUCGAAUCUGGGACCUGGAAGCUGCCAAAAUUCUUCGUACUUUAAUGGGUCACAAAGCAAACAUCUGCAGCCUAGAUUUCCAUCCUUAUGGAGGCUUUGUAGCUUCAGGCUCUAUGGAUACUAAUGUUAAGCUUUGGGAUGUUAGGAGAAAAGGCUGUGUCUUUCGAUACAAGGGUCACACGCAAGCAGUCAGGUGUCUCCGAUUCAGCCCUGAUGGGAAGUGGCUGGCAUCCUCUGCAGACGAUCACACCGUGAAGCUCUGGGACCUGGCAGCCGGGAAGAUCAUGUGCGAGUUCACAGAACACACCGGCCCAGUAAAUGUCGUAGAAUUCCAUCCGAAUGAAUACCUUUUGGCCUCAGGUAGCUCUGACAGAACCAUCAGGUUCUGGGACUUGGAAAAGUUCCAGGUGGUGAGCUGCAUCGAAGAAGAGGCCAUUCCUGUCAGGUGUGUGCUGUUUAACCCUGACGGCUGCUGCUUGUACGCCGGCUGCCAUGAUUCUCUGCGUGUGUAUGGCUGGGAGCCGGAGCGCUGCUUCGAUGUGGUCAUGGUGAAUUGGGGCAAGGUGGCUGAUUUGUCCGUCUGUAACAACCAAUUGAUCGGAGUUUCUUUCACACAAAGCACCGUGUCUUCGUUUGUUGUGGACCUCACUAGAGUCUCAAAGUGUGGGUCUGGCCUCCAUGGGCUGGUGAAGGAUGACAAGCCUCUCGUUCCGCCGGUGCCCAUGGGCUCCUCCCUGCGGCGCAUCUACGACAGGCCGUCAACGACAUGCAGCAGGCCCCAAAGAUUGAAACACAAUUCAGAGAGUGAGAGGCGCAGUCCUAGUAGUGAAGACGACAGGGAGGAAGAAUCCACUGCAGAGAUCCAGAACCCGGAAGACUACAAGGAGAUCUUCCAGCCAAAGAAUGCCAUCACUCGAACUCCACCCUGCAAGAACAAGCCUUUUCCCGCACCUCCUGAGGAUGAGCCCACGCUUGCAAAAGAAUCAUCCAGGCCAAGUCAGGCUGCGGAUAGCCAAACCCCAUUGCCAAGCCAGGAGAACCCUGACCCCAUUCAGAGGCUACCAGUAGCUGCCUCAACCCCCAUUACCAGGGUUGAGCCCUCGGUGAUCCCAGCUGCCAGGAAUGAGCCCAUUGGGCUGAAAGCCUCCGACUUCUUGCCGGCCAUGAAGAACCAAAGCCUGACAGAAAUUGUUGAUGACGACGCCAUGUCUCAGAUCCGAAAGGGUCACGAGACCAUGUGCGUAGUGCUUACCAGCCGACACAAGAACCUGGAUACGGUGCGGGCCGUGUGGAGCACUGGAGACAUCAAGACUUCUGUGGACUCUGCUGUCGCUAUCAAUGACCUUUCUGUCAUUGUGGAUCUCCUGAACAUCGUCAACCAGAAGCCGUCUCUCUGGAAGCUCGACCUGUGCACUGUCGUCUUGCCCCAGAUAGAGAAACUUCUCCAAAGCAAGUAUGAAAGCUACGUUCAGACUGGUUGCACUUCGUUGAGGCUGAUCCUGCAGCGUUUCUUGCCCUUGAUUACGGAUAUUCUUGCUGCACCGCCAUCGGUGGGGGUAGACAUUUCCCGAGAGGAGAGGCUUCACAAGUGCCGCCUGUGCUACAAGCAGCUGAAGAACAUCAGCAACAUCAUCAAGAACAAGUGUGGACUCAGCGGCCGCCAUGGCAGUGCCUUCCGCGAGCUGCAUCUCCUCAUGGCUGUCCUCGAGUGACCUCUGCUGCCUCCUCCACCCAUGCAGAC